AUGGCGUCCUUCGAGGAUUAUGACGAGUUUGGAAACUACAUCGGUGCUGACCUCGACUCGGAUGACGAGGAGGAAGUCCCCCAGAAUGACUUCGCUCAGCACCAGCCACAAGCACAACCCCUCGAGGGCUUUGACGAUGAACCAAUGGAGACGAACGAGGAGAUGGCUUUAAUGGAGGUGGACGAACCUGUGCACAAUGCAGUCGUUUUGCACGAGGACAAGCAGUACUAUCCCUCAGCUGAGGACGUAUAUGGUGCCGAUGUGGAGACGCUUGUGCAAGAGGAAGAUGCACAACCUCUGACAGAGCCCAUCAUUGCUCCUGUGAAGGUGCGAAAAUGGACAGUGGAGGAGAAAGAUAUGCCAGAAACACGGUUCGACAAAGGUUUUAUGCUGAACAUGGCUGCAUUCCCUGAGUUUGUCCGAAACGUCGCGGUAGUCGGGCACUUGCACCAUGGAAAGACUGCGCUCAUGGAUAUGCUUGUAUUUGAGACGCACAAAAUAAUGUGGGACUCGGACCACCAGACGCGAUACACGGACACGCAUGUCUUAUCCAGAGACAGAGGCAUCUCUAUCAAGUCUUCCCCCAUGUCCCUCGUGCUCUCAACAAGUACCGGAAAGUCUCACCUCAUCCACCUCAUUGACACCCCGGGGCAUGUCAACUUCGUGGAUGAGGUCGCCUCUGCAAUCCGUCUCGUCGAUGGCGUCAUCUUAGUCGUCGAUGUUGUAGAGGGGGUCAUGGUCAACACCGAGCACAUCAUUCGGCAUUGUUUGCAGGAAGGUGUCAAAAUGACCCUUGUAGUAAACAAGAUUGACCGGUUGAUCCUCGAGCUACGCAUCAAGCCUGCGGAUGCUUACUAUAAGAUUAAGCAUACCAUUGAGGAAGUAAACACAUUUAUCAGCGGCAUCAACCCGGAUCCAGAAUUGCGUCUUAGCCCUGAGAACGGCAAUGUCGCGUUCGCCAGCACCGACAUGCACUGGUGUUUCACCCUUCGAUCGUUCGCACAGAUGUAUGCGGACUCAUAUGGCCCACUCGAUGUGCCUGCAUUCGCAGACCGGCUGUGGGGAAACAUUUACUACAACUCUGAGACCCGUAAGUUCAGCCGCAAGCCCGCGGACCCGGAGGCGGACCGCAGCUUCGUGCACUUCAUCCUGGAGCCGCUAUACAAACUAUACAGCCAGGUCCUCAGUGAGGAGACUGACGACCUGAAGGCGACGCUAGCGAGCCUGCACAUACAAUUGGCGCCAGUGAUGUACAAGAUGGACGUGCGCCCUCUCUUGAAGGCAGUGCUAGACCAGUUCUUUGGGCCUGCCAUUGGGCUGGUGGACAUGAUUGUGGAAAACAUUCCCUCCCCGGUCGAGGCGACUGCGAGCAAAGUCGAGCGCACAUACAUGGGCCCGAUGACAUCAGAUCUCGUCUCAUACAUGAAGCAAUGUGACCCUGAGGGCCCUGUGAUGGUGCAGAUCACGAAACUCUACCACACCACCGAUGCUCAGUCGUUCAGGGCAUACGGACGCGUUAUCAGCGGUACAGUACGUAAGGGCAUGGAGAUCAAGGUCCUCGGUGAAGGAUACUCGCCAGAGGACGAAGAAGAUAUGGUCAAGGCCGUUGUAGAUGAUAUUUGGAUCAGCGAAUCCCGGUAUUUCGUCCCGGCAGAAGAGGUCCCUGCUGGAAAUCUAGUCCUGCUCGGCGGCGUCGACGCAUCCAUCACGAAGACGGCGACGCUCGUCUCGGUAGACAUCGAAGAGGACCUGUAUAUAUUCCGUCCGGUCAAGCACAUGACACAGUCAGUGCUGAAGGUCGCGAUCGAGCCUAUAGCGCCGUCGGAGCUCCCGAAGAUGCUGUCCGGGCUGCGCAGCGUGAACAAGUCAUAUCCGCUCGUGUCAACGAAGGUCGAGGAGAGCGGAGAGCACGUGGUCAUCGGGACGGGCGAGCUGUACCUCGACUGUGUGAUGCACGACCUGAGGAGGUUGUUCUCGGAGAUCGAGAUCAAGGUGUCGGACCCGGUGACGAAGUUCUGUGAGACGGUGCUCGAGACCAGUGCGCUGAAGUGCUAUGCGGACACGCCGAACAAAAAGAACCGGAUCACGAUGAUUGCGGAGCCACUAGAGCGGGGGAUUGCUGAGGACGUCGAGACGGGCCGCGUCAAUAUGCGCAUGACAACGAAGGAGCGGGGCAAGUUCUUUGAGGAGAAGUAUCAGUGGGACUUGCUCGCAUCGCGGUCAAUAUGGGCAUUCGGUCCUGAUGACAGUGGUCCGAAUAUCUUGCUCGAUGAUACCUUGCCGUCUCAGGUGGACAAGAAGAUGCUCAGCACUGUCAAGGAGCACAUCAAGCAGGGCUUUCAAUGGGGUGCUCGGGAAGGACCACUAUGUGACGAACCGAUGCGCAAUGUGAAGUUCCGGAUAUUGGAUGCCAGUCUCGCUCAGGAGCCAAUCUUCCGCGGUGGAGGACAAAUUGUCCCAACGGCCCGCCGAGUGUGCUAUUCUUCAUUCUUGAUGGCUACACCGCGCCUUAUGGAGCCCGUGUAUUUCGUCGAGGUGCAAGCACCAGCAGACUGUAUUUCGGCGGUUUACACGGUUCUCGCACGGCGCCGUGGACACGUCACGCAAGAUAUUCCCAAGGCCGGAUCGCCGUUAUACACAGUGAAGGCGCUCAUCCCAGUAAUUGACGCAAACGGGUUUGAGACAGACCUAAGGACAGCGACGCAGGGGCAGGCGUUCUGUCUACAGGUGUUUGACCAUUGGUCAAUUGUACCAGGUGACCCGACCGAUACAAGCAUCAAGCUACGGCCGCUGGAGCCCGCGUCGGGCCAGGCGCUUGCGCGGGACCUGGUCUUGAAGACACGGAGACGAAAGGGCCUCGGUGAUCAGAUCGCGGUCUCAAAAUACCUUGACGAUGAAUUCAUCGUGCCGUUAUCCACUCUCCUCGCGCUCGCUGCCACCAGUGUGCUGGCAGUCGACGCGGAGGAACCCAAGCCUGUCUUCAAGUCUACCAACAUCAAGGCGCCCUUCCUUGAGCAGUUCACAGACGACUGGUCAGAACGGUGGACACCGUCAGAAGCCACCAAGAAGACGCCAGUCGGCGGCGAGACGUUCAGUUACGUCGGCAAAUGGUCUGUUGAGGAGCCCAUCACCCCCGUCAUCGAGGGCGGUAAGGGCCUUGUCGCAAAGACCAAGGCCGCGCAUCACGCCAUCUCCGCACCCUUCGACAGCGCCAUUGACUUCAGCGAGCAGCCGCUCGUUGUGCAGUAUGAGGUCAAGUACCAGAAGGGCGGCAAUUGCGGUGGUGGUUACAUCAAGUUGCUCGAGGACGGCUUCCAGACGGAGGGCAAGGAGUUCUCGGACAAAACACCAUGGACUAUUAUGUUUGGUCCUGACUUGACGUGCCCGGGAACGAAGGUCCACUUUAUCUUCCGUCACAAGAACCCCGUCACCGGCGAGUACGAGGAGAAGCAUUUGACGACACCCCCCAAGCCUACCAUUGAGAAGUUGACCAACCUGUACACUCUCAUUAUCAACCCGGACAACACCUACGAGGUUCAGUUCAAUGGCGAGACCAAGUCGUCUGGUAGCCUGCUCGAGGAUUUCAACCCUCCGGUAAACCCUUCGAAGGAGAUUGACGACCCUGAGGACAAGAAGCCCGCGGACUGGGUUGACGUCAAAAGGAUCGCUGAUCCGGAUGCCACGAAGCCUGCUGACUGGGACGAGGAUGCCCCCUACGAGAUCCCUGACGAGGACGCCGAGAAGCCGGAGGGCUGGCUCGACGACGAGCCUGAGUUCAUCCCUGACCCUGACUCUGAGAAGCCUGAGGAAUGGGACGAUGAAGAGGACGGUGACUGGAUUGCGCCUCAGGUUCACAACCCGAAGUGCGACGAGGCCCCUGGCUGCGGUGAAUGGAAGCGUCCUAUGAAGGCUAACCCCAGCUACAAGGGCAAGUGGUACGCUCCCAUGAUCGACAACCCGGCAUACAUUGGCGAGUGGGCUCCGCGCAAGAUCCCCAACCCUGACUACUUCGAGGAUCUCAACCCCGUCAAGAGCCUCAACAAGAUUGGCGGUGUCGGCAUUGAGCUCUGGACCAUGACCGAGGACAUUCUCUUCGACAACAUCUACAUCGGUCACUCGCUCGAGGACGCUAAGGUUCUCAAGGCUGAGACAUUCGAUAUCAAGAAGCCGCUUGAAGAGGCGCAGUCUAAGGCGAAGAAGCCCGAGCCUCUUGACGAUGAGGAAGAGCUCACGUUCUGGGAGGACCCCAUUGAGUUCCUGCGCACGAAGGCCUUCAAGUUUGUCGACCUCGCGCAGCUCGACCCCAUCCUUGCUGUGAAGACGCAGCCUGAGGUCGGCGCGGUCCUCGCGCUCGCCGUCGUCACGUUGUUCGGUAUGCUUGGUAUGGCGUUCGGUCUCAUCGGCGGCUCGCAAAAGCCCGUCACUAAGUCACCAAAGAAGACGGACGCGCCCACACCCGACGACAAGCAGAAAUCCGAGUCUGCACCUGUCGCGCCUGCGGGCGGUGAGAAGGCAGACACCCCUGUGAAGAAGCGGAAGUAA